AAAUAAAGGGGUGUGUAUUGUGUAGUCAUCAAGAUUCAAGCGUGUGUUGCGUCCAGAAAUCUCUCUCUUUCUGGCCAGCGAAGCAUCAUUCAUCAAAUACAGCCUAACUGUUUUAUUUUAUCAUUUUCCUUGUUUGUUUUAGAUAGAUUCCCAUACACCAACGACGACGUCGUUUCCCGUCCUUGAACAAUGGUAGAUUUGAGUGUCUCCGGAUCUGUUCUUGCUGUGUUGCUUGGACUCAUUGCUGUUUUCUGGUUCUACAUCAUUCAGAGACAUAUUAGUGGCCCCAAACAUAAAAUUGAUGAUGACGUGGCUACCAGUACCACGACAACAACGGAAUAUGAUGGAGAAAACAGAUCAAAGGAUGGAAACGACGACGUUGACAUCAUCAUUGUCGGUGCCGGUGUUGCUGGUGCCGCUCUCGCUCACACCCUUGGCAAGGAAGGGCGUCGUGUAAAAGUAAUUGAAAGAGAUUUGACAGAGCCUGAUAGAAUUGUUGGAGAACUCCUUCAACCGGGUGGCUACCUCAAAUUGCAGGAGUUGGGAUUGGAAGAUUGUGUGGAGAAAAUUGAUGCUCAACGAGUGUUUGGGUAUGCUCUUUUCAAGGAUGGCAAGAGCACGCGUCUUUCUUAUCCCCUGGAGAAAUUUCACUCUGAUGUUGCUGGAAGGAGCUUUCACAAUGGGCGUUUCAUUCAAAGAAUGCGAGAGAAAGCUGCAUCUCUUCCCAAUGUCAAACUAGAGCAAGGUACUGUUACAUCUCUGCUCGAAGAAAAGGGGACCAUUAGAGGUGUUCAGUACAAGACUAAAUCUGGUGAAGAGUUGAAAGCAUAUGCACCAUUAACCAUAGUAUGUGAUGGUUGUUUCUCGAAUCUGCGGCGUACCCUUUGCGACCCAAAGGUAGAAGUGCCUUCUUGUUUUGUUGGUCUGGUCCUGGAGAACUGCCAGCUUCCACAUGAAAAUCAUGGACAUGUCGUUUUGGGUGACCCAUCACCUAUCUUGUUCUAUCCCAUAAGCAGUACCGAGGUCCGCUGUCUGGUUGAUGUACCUGGUCAAAAAGUGCCUUCCAUUUCGAAUGGUGAAAUGGCCAAAUAUUUGAAAAGCGUCGUUGCUCCCCAGGUCCCUCCUGAGAUAAAAGAUUCAUUCAUUGCCGCAGUCGAUAAAGGGAACAUCAGGACAAUGCCAAACCGAAGCAUGCCAGCUGCUCCUCAUCCAACUCCUGGUGCUCUGCUCAUGGGAGAUGCAUUCAAUAUGCGCCAUCCCUUGACUGGUGGAGGAAUGACCGUAGCAUUGUCUGAUAUUGUUGUAUUGCGUGAUCUUCUCAAACCUCUUCGUGAUUUGAAUGACGCAUCUACUCUUUGCAGAUAUCUGGAGUCCUUUUACACCUUGCGUAAGCCUGUGGCCUCCACCAUCAAUACAUUGGCUGGUGCCUUGUAUAAGGUGUUUUGUGCUUCACCUGAUCAAGCUAGGAAGGAGAUGCGCGAAGCAUGCUUUGAUUAUUUGAGCCUCGGUGGAGUAUUCUCAGAAGGACCAGUGUCUUUGCUUUCUGGCUUAAACCCUCGUCCAUUAAGUCUUGUUUGUCAUUUCUUUGCUGUGGCUAUCUUUGGUGUUGGCCGCUUGCUACUGCCUUUCCCAUCACCCAAACGUAUAUGGAUUGGAGCCCGGUUAAUAUCGGGUGCAUCUGCAAUCAUUUUCCCUAUCAUCAAGGCAGAAGGGUUUAGGCAGAUGUUCUUCCCUGCUACUGUUCCGGCAUAUUACAGGGCUCCUCCUGAAGUGAAGAAGUUGUAACUGUUAAAAGCAGAAUAAGGCUAUGCCAUUCUGUCACCUCCAUCAGUAUUCUGGUUGCGAGUGUCAAAAGUUUAGUCCAACUGUUACAUAUUUUUUGGUUGCUAGUGUUUUCUUGUUUUCUUUUUUCUUUUGUUUGUUCCCAAUGAUUGAUUUCACAUUAUUAACUGGGAAGUAUAUAUAAGUUGUCCAAUCAUAUAUUUGUCUCUUCUCUGUA